CCACUGCGUUGUGUACGGUGUACGGGACUGACUGUGGACGCACCGGAUCCGCGGCCAACAACUUCAAACAACACCCAACACUGGAAGACGCUCCAUUAACUCCCUGAAAAAGCACCGAGCUGCUGGAGUUUCCCCAUCUGUUUAUAUUAUCGGGAUGGAAUCGCUCGCUCCUUCAGGCACAGCUACCAGGAGCGGACAGUAGCCGAUAUCCCGUCUAUCAAAGGGAAGCCUUGAAACGCCGUGGCGAAAUCUCCAACCAACUGAAACAAUCGAAGAAGCCGCAGAGCUAGUUUUCUUUUAACGCGCUUUUCCCCCCACCGAACAGGCAAAUGGAGCCGGACAGGUAUUUUGGCAGUCCUGUGACUGAAAGUUAAGCGUUGUUCUUGGUCACUUUGAACAUGGAUAUUGGUCUAUAAAUUUCAGAUAAGAAGUCUUAUCGUGUACUACCUCGGGAUUUACGAGCAUCUCCAUGAACUAGGAUCAAAAGCGUAAGGAGUCUAAUUUUAAAUCUGACACAUGAUCAGGACCGGAUUUGUGCGCCAACCCGAACCCAACGUGGGUCUGACGGUCGUAAGCAGGGAAAGACCCGUUUACCUGGCUGAACGUCACUCAGAAUCAGGCGUGAUUUGACCUUUUUUAAGGUCAGCAUUAAAAAAAUUAACAAAUAGAUGAAAACAAGGUGCACACAAGCACACGCUGGCACAGAAGCCGUCGUGCCACAUUGCGAGACACCUUCUUCCUCCAGGCGACACACGUAAAAAUUGGGAUCUGGAAGUUUAACAUGGAGACCCUCCGCCGGGACGCCUGACCUGCACGCCACUCUGUUGAAUGUGGUUCGGGAAUCCGGAGUACAGUCGAUCGAAAGGAUCUUAUCUUCUUGCGGGGUCGUGUCUCUCCGUGCACCGUGUAAGAUGGCUGGAAGUGACGGCUCGUGGAAAUAUUAUCUCUGGAUUGUGACACUCAUGUGCAGAUACGCGUUACCCGCAGCCAAAUCAUUGGAGUCGGUCGUGUGGAAUUCACAAAAUUUUAAGUUUGUGUCUGGGAAGGGCUUGGCGAUCUACCCAGAGAUUGGGGAUAAACUGGACAUUAUCUGCCCCAAGGGGGACAUGGGGCGGCCGUAUGAGUUUUAUAAACUCUACUUGGUGAAGAAAGAACAGGCGGAGUCUUGUAGCACUAUACUGGACCCAAAUGUCCUGGUGACGUGCAACAAGCCAGAGAAAGACAUCAAAUUCACCAUCAAGUUCCAGGAGUUCAGUCCCAACUACAUGGGACUCGAGUUCAAGCGAUUCACAAACUAUUACAUCACCUCCACUUCUAAUGGAACGAUGGAAGGGUUGGAAAACAGAGAAGGUGGGGUUUGUAGCACGAGAUCCAUGAAGAUCAUCAUGAAAGUGGGCCAAGACCCAAAUGCACCAGAUCCAGAUUUAAAGGACCUCCCAGACCCAGACCAGGACAAUGAGAUCAAGGACCCCACAACAAGCCCCUCCCGCAAGAGAGACAGAGAUCGAGACAUAGAGGACAACGGCUCCAUAAUGCCCGGGAAAGGCACGAGAAACCAGGAGAACAAUUCUGGUUCGGUGGAAGGUAUUUUUGGCUCUAAACCUGCGCUCUUCGCUGCCAUCGGAGCGGGCUGUGUCAUCUUCCUCCUCAUCAUCAUCAUCCUCAUCGUCCUACUCCUCAAGCUUCGCAAGAGAACCCGCAAGCACUCGCAGCCCAGGGGCGCGACUUCCCUGUCGCUCAGCACUCUGGCCACGCCCAAAGGAGCCACCCAGUCCGGCUCAGAACCAAGUGACAUCAUCAUCCCCCUGCGGACAGCAGAGAAUAACUACUGUCCGCACUAUGAAAAAGUGAGCGGGGAUUAUGGGCACCCCGUCUACAUCGUUCAGGAAAUGCCCCCCCAGAGCCCAGCCAAUAUCUACUACAAAGUCUGAGGGAAAAGGGAGAGAAGUGACCGCAAUAAGAACAUGUUUUUGUAAGGUAUCCUGAAUCUUUUUUCCACUACCCAGCCCUGUUUGCUACAUGUCGGAGAUGAGGAAACGAGGAGCGAGAAAAGACUGCGCAGAUAACGCACAUCUCGAAUUUCCUUUUUUCUGAACACUGCACUGUGUGUAUGUGUGUCUGCAGGUCUCUGCGCAUUUAUGCGAAACAGCAGAGAACCCCCCACAGUGUGUGUGGCACUCAGGCACAAAGAACAGCCUUUAACCGAUCACAGUGGGACACUAGAUCGACAUCAAAAUACAAGAUGCUCUCAUUUGUGUGUUUGCUUAUUUUUUUGUCUCUUUUACAUAUCUCACUCCCACACAGUGUUUGCUUCUGUAUCACCUCAAUUCUUGUAGCUUUUAAACAGUGUUUCUGUCCAGAAAGUAACUUCUUGAACACUGUUAUAAACUCAUCUCAUUUCCUUUUGUCUCCCAUUCUACGUUUGAGGCAAUUAAAUAAAACAUACCCUUGCAUACGUACGUUGGUGUUCACGGGUCAGUACCACAAACAGCCUCUCGGUGGAAAAAAAGUGAGUGACAGAGAGAAUUUAAAAUGUAAGCCAGUGACAAAUCUGUGUCAGCCCUUACCGAACUCCCAGAAUGCUUUGCUAGAUUGUGUUUAUUUGAGAGAUAUUUCAGUUUAAAUUCUCACUCCUCUCUGCAGAAUACAAGUAGAUAUUUGCCGUGUUUUGUCAGUGAUGCGUGAAGUGCAGAAUAAUAUUUGUAUUUUGUAAUUUUUCUUCAUCUUUUUUCUCUCUUUCCCAAAGUGUUUUGAAAGUCAUUUUGUUAGGGUUUCGCCUCGACACCAUGAGCCUGUGACCUAUUUUCAGCCACAAAACGUGUAUUUCAUCGCAUAAUUUAGUCCACUUACAUGUGUUUUUUGUGUAUAAUUCAUGUCACACUGUCAUGAACAGUAUGAAACAGUCCCACACAGAAACCAAAUAUUCAUAAACAUAAGAAAUACAUAAAAAAGAAAUUAUGCCUUCAUCUCUCCUUGCUCUUAGAUAUGCACAUAAAUGAUCCCUAUUAGCAUACAAACACACUUAUUUAAAAAAAAAUAUCAGAAAUGGAAAACAAGCCCAUUGUACCGUCACAGAGAAUCUAGCGCUAGGUCUAUUUUUAUACGGACUGCACGUGAAAUGAUAAACAGUAAACAGUGGCGUCAGGUGUGUUUACGCCUAUGCUAAUUUGAAAUUAGAUGCAUUUGCAUCUGGCCUCAAGCGCAGCCAAUCAGAGAAGGCCAAUAUUUCUCUGUUGCUUUCUCAUGUUAUAGAUCUUUCGUUUAGAAAUAUUGCUGUUGUUUCUUUCCUCCCUCGCUUAUUUUAGACCCGAGAUCUUGUAAAUAAUGUAUGUUGGGAAAAAUUGUUGAAUAUAAAGCUCCGUUUUAUUAAAGACCCUGUUAAUGAAACUUUAAUUAGGAUUUUGAAAAAUGCAAAAACUUUUGUAAAUAUGAGUCUUUUUUUUUUAAAGACCUUUUGUAAGUAAAAUAUUUCCUGUCUCGUGGUUUUCCUUUUUUCUUUUUCUGAUUCGUUUGGUUGGUUUUUGAUUAAGGAGAACGGUUUUGAAAGGUCAGCCUAAAGCAGCAGCAGCAAGUCCCUUCACACAUGCGCACAUGCAGACACACUUCGUCCUCCCUGUUAUACAAGAGAAGGAUGCUAUUUUUGCUGUUAUUUUGUUUUUACAAAUAGAACCAGGUCAAAUAUUCCAUGCCAUGGUUCAUGAAGGAGGAAAAGAAGGAGAGAGACUUAUUACACAAGAGAUGCCUGAACACACACGAAUAUAUAAAAGCACCAGCAGGGUACAUGAAGAGAACUAAACCAGCAACAGCUAUCGCAACUAAGCGUGUGUGUGUGCUCGCCUGAACAGCUGUCCACGACAGAUCAGCUCUUUAUCAUUUACAUUGGACGAGCACUUAGCAGAAAUUCAUGACUUUGUUUUUGCCCUUAGAGAUGCAGGGGCGGUUUGGCCUUGAAAUCGUUUAUCCCAGAUUUAGCAAUAACUGUGGUUUUCCCUUCAAGCAAAUUAACAGAGCAUCAUCUGUGAAUUUCUGUGCCUGUAGUUUUACAGAACAGCAGUAGCGUGACUGACGGACUGUUUCAGCUGGAGGGAAUAAUGUUCUGUAGCUUAGCCUACGUCUCGUUGACGUUGCGAGGCAGUUGCUCCUUGUUUCUUGACUGAUUUGCUUGUACCAUAAAAACAAAGGGAGAUAAACCUUUUGCCAUCACAUUUGUCAGGUUAAAAGUUGAUUCUGCUCUUAUUCUGCGGUCAGACACCUGCGGUGUUGUGCGCUUAGUCGAACUGAGGAAACGGAUCUUUCUGACAUCUGUUAAUGCCAUUUCACCCAAUGAGGUUUACCGAAGUCGACUCAUUCGAAAAACCCGUGCAUUUACACAAACACGCACACACACUGUCUUACUCUCCCCCUCAAGCACAGAGACAGAUUGGUGGCGACUUUUGACCUUUUAAGGAUUAUCACAAUAUUAUGAGAAAGACAAAUCUAAUGAGAAAACCUUUUCCCUGACCUUGAUCCAUCCCCAUCAAAUCACAGUUCAUCCACUCUUUCACAAUAUGGACUUGUUCGUGGAGAGGGUCAGCGCGUCGCCUGGACCUCGGAGCGACUUCAGCAAAAACGCUUUUUUUGCAGCACAAUGUUUUCUCCCUCUGUCCCAGUUUUCAUUUUUUUUGUUUUAAUUGUUAUUCAGUCAAGUACAUUAUUAUUGUUAUCAUUUUCGUUUACUAAGAUUUUGUUGCAGAUUUCAGUAUUAUUAAGUUUUGAUGUAUGUGUUGGCAGUGCUGGUGCCCCCCGGUGACAGCAUUUCUUUAGAAUUCACACAGUGUCCUCAGAGUUCCCCCAUAUAUGACACUUCGCCAAGUCUCAACCCUCAGAAAGCAUUUAAAAGGAUAAAUAAAGUUUUUUCCUAUGGAA